CUUUUAUAAUAAAACUGACCCGAGUUCACCGAAACAUAUUAGACACUGGUCAUGUGAUCAACUCCCCCUAGUGGUGAACCAUCGGAUUUUCGAAACGUUUCGAAACCUGUUCGAAACAAUUAUGACGUAAUGAAGCCUCGUUUGCUAAAAUCACGUGACUUUGGCCAGUUUGAAACACGCUCCGAACCACUGAUUCGAAACAAAAGAUUCGUAAAUGUUUCGAAGCCUCAUGAAGCAGUGCUUCGAAAACGACCACCACUACAGUUUCCAUUAAAACCAGUACUGUUCUCUUUAUAACCAUUAAAUCCAUUAGAAUUCAGAUUCCUCUUUAUCAGAAUGAUGGGAGGAGCCGUGUGAGCAUUUCACGUGUAUAAGAUCAUAAGUGAAAGUAAAAGUAUAGUUUCUGCUUGAUCACACAAACAAUCAUAAACAGGAUUUAUUCAGACGCUGUCUCAAUGUUGAGCUGAAGAUGCUGUGUUUUGGAGUGAUGGAGUUCAUUUGUGUGACUCUGAUUAUUAUUAUUGGAAUCACAGAUUCAACAGCAGAUCAGUUUGAUGUUGUUGGACCUGUAGCUCCUCUCCUCGCUGUAUCUGGUGAAGAUGUGAUUCUGCCCUGUUCUCUCAAACCCAACAUCAGUGCUGUAAACAUGAGAGUCGAGUGGUUUAGAGUUGAUCUCAAAGACUCAGUAGUUCAUCUCUAUGAAGAUCAUGAAGAUAAAAACACAAAACAGCUUCAGUCGUACAGAGGAAGAACUGAAGUGUUUAAAGAUGAACUACAGACAGGAAACACAUCACUUAAACUCUCAAGAGUUCAGAUCUCUGAUGAAGGACUUUAUAAGUGUUUUAUUCAGUCCAAAACCUGGUAUGAUGACAUCACUGUUAAUCUCAGAGUUGAAGUUGUAGGAAGUCCUCCACUCAUCACUGUAGAUGGAUUUGAUGUUUCUGGUGGACUUCAUCUUCAGUGUGAAACUAAAGGUUGGUACCCUGAACCUGAACUUGUGUGGCUGGACAGUGAAGGAGUCACUUUGACAUCUGAAAAUACAGAGAGACAGAGAGAGACAGAUGGAUUCAGAGUGAAACACAUGAUCACUGUAUAUAACAGAGACAGUAAAUAUCACUGUAGAGUCAAACUGGGACAUCACAUGAUGGAGACUGAGAUUAUUACAUCAAGUAAAAUGUUUAACUCUUGGAGGUCAUCAGUGAUCUUGAUUUCUGUUGGAUCUGUGUUGAUUGUGAUCAGUGGAAUAUUGAUCACCGUGUUUGUCUAUAGACACAGAGAAAUACAGAGAGUGAGACUACAGACAGAAGACCUCAGACUACAGACAGAAGACCUGAGACUACAGACAGAGAACCAGAAUCUGUGUGAAGAACGUGAGAGACUUUCACUGAUUGUAGAAAAUGUGAAAUCACUGUUAAGGAGAUAUGCAGUGAAUGUGACUCUGGAUCCUGAUUCAGCUCAUCCUGAUCUCAUUGUGUCUGAUGAUGGGAAAGAAGUGAGAUAUAAUCAACAAUCAAGAACAGUAAAGGAUGAAGUUCAGAAGUCAUAUAACAAGUUUGAUGAAGAGCUCGGAGUUCUUGGAAAUGAAGGAUUCACCUCAGGGUGUUUUUACUAUUCGGUGCAGGUGAAGGGGUUAAAUGUUUGGUUUGUGGGUGUGGCCAGAGAAUCUGUUAAGAGAAAGGGGUUCAUCAAUCUGAAUCCUGAGAAUGGAUACUGGAUGGCUGGUUUGAGAUGCGAAGAGUAUUGGGCUAGUGAGGAUCCAUAUGUUCCUCUUUCACUGAGUGUGAAGCCUCAGAGAGUUGGGGUGUUUGUGGAUUAUGAGGAGGGUCGAGUCUCUUUUUAUGAUGUUGAGUCUAUGUGUCAUAUCUACUCUUUUACUGAUCAAUCUUUUAAUGAUAAACUAUAUCCUGUUGUUUCUUUAGGUUAUGAAAAAUCUGAAAACUCUGCACCACUUAUCAUCUGUGAUCUCUAAUGAGAUUUAAAAUAAAUAUAAAUCCUCUCCUUAAGUUAUUUUUGUAACUUGAAAUGGUAUACAGAGGGAUGCUUGUGUCAUUUUCAGAAACAUGAUGAUUAAUGAUGAUGGUAGGUUUUUUUUGUCCCCUAAGAGAAAUUAGUUUUGUGCAUACAUACAUGUGUUGCUGUAUAACAAAUCAAACACAUUAAUAACAAUCACACAGUCUUGUGAUUCAUCAGUUUCAUGGCCACAAGAACAAAAUAUGUAUUGUAGAGGUUUUUAUCUUCAACAUGUGUGAUCUUGUCUGUGAAAACCCAGCUAAAGUAAUCAAACUGAUGACUAUAAAACUGCAGUGGAAAGAGUUGUUGGCUGUUGUGGAGAUAAUUAUUGCAGAUUAAUGAUAAUAAAACUGAGGAGGCCAGAUCAAUGAGACAUAUAUAUAGGAGCUCUGUUGUUCACAGUCAGGACAUUAAGGAAAGUGAUGCUGAUGUAUGUGUGACGUUUGGAUAACAUUUGUAUGAUAUCUGUAUGGUGUGAGGUUUUUAGCAGUUUUUCUCUAGUCUAAAAUAAAUUUGUCUGAGACAAUAAUGACACCUUGACCUUGGAUUGUAGAAACAUCAUCCAGAUGAGUGUAGUUCAGAUUCUGGAUUGAGCACAUUGAGAAGGAUUCAGAGUGGUUUUCCUCACCCGUUUGAUUCAUUAAAGGCAUUAAAAACAGCUGCGUAACCAUCAUGGCAACACUAUAGAGCCUCUGGUCACACAGAACACCAAUUGUGUCGUACACAAGACACUAGAGGUGUUAUUAGUUUUGGUCACGUUAACUCAUUGGGUGUGUUGAACUCACUGAAUGGGUUAAAUGCAGAGGUCACAUUCCAACUAUGGGUUAAAUUGGCCAUUCUGACACUUUAACUUAUGUAGGAUGACUUUAUGUAGAAAACAGUAAAUCACACACACACACACACACACACACACACACACACACACACACACACACACACACACACACACACACACACACACACACACACACACACACACACACACACACAAAUGUUAGCUGGGCUUUUGCAGAUUGGGUCAAAACAUUUCAGUAUUUAAUUUUUUUACCAUUUGAUACAAAUUUUCUUUCUAUUUUCUUUUUGCUAUUCCAAUUAAAAAAUUAUCAUUUUUACCAAAAAGUCUGGGCUUUUGUGUCCAUUUUUCCACAUAAUGAUGUACAACACUUCAAAGCUUAAUCUAGGCCUAUGAGAUCAUAUUAAAUGGGUGAAGUCAUUAUCAUUAAAUGGACUAUCAUCAGUUGCUUACCCACCACCAGGGCCUGAAGUUAACUUUUUUGACCACCUGCCACAGAUACUUUUUACCAGCCAGUUUUUUUUUUUUUUUUGCCUGAAUAGUGAAUG